AUGUCUCCCGAUUUCCGACCCCCAACACCAAAAGACCGACCUCAUUCGCGCCUCCUACCCGCCCACUCGCUAAGCCUACUUAACAUCACACCCUCCCGCCCUGCUUCCCCUGUCCUGGCAGGCACCGUCGAGCUCCGACCAUCCAGUUUUGUCGAGUCUCCAGCAUUUUCUUCUCCAAAACAGACUCCUAGUUCUAUAGGGGGGGACGAAGAUGUGGAACAGGAACCAGAUGGACUGCUGGCAAAUGAACCUUCUCCAGAAGAGUCGUUAAUCUCUGCCUCCCCCCCUUCGUCUCUCACCGCCGAGACAGUGCUCCCCGGAUCUGAAUCGGCUUCUCACGCACUACGAGAACAGCUGAAAAGGACGAUCUCUCGCAAAAGCACUGGAUCAGCGCCUUCCUCCCCUCCUGCAAAAAGAUCGGUCCUCGCUGACGAGGUGUUGUCUGCCGUAUCUGAGUAUCCUCCUCUCAGUCCUGAAGAAGCAGCGCGGUACGAGGAUCGCAAGUACUUCGUGCUCACGAAUGCUGGAAAACCGGUAUUUAUAAGUGAGAAAGGAGAUUCUGAAGAGGAAGCGACAAACGCGAUGGGUAUCAUGCAAGCCUUAAUAUCCGUAUUCGCAGAAGAUGGCGACAAACUGCGAUACAUCACCACCGGAUCGACGCGUAUAACAUUCCUCCUCCGAACACCGUUAUACUACGUCUCUGUGUCGUCUUGGGGCGAGCCAGCUCCUGUCACAAGGACACACCUGGAAUAUCUCCAUCUGCAGAUCCUGAGCGUCCUCACCCUUCCUCAAUUAACAAAGCUCUUCGAACGACGGGGAAAUUUCGACCUAGGCCGAUUACUCACAGGUGCCGAGCCACUCAUGCGCUCGCUCUUGAACACGGCACAGACAUCUCUAGAAACCACUCUGGCAGCCAUGCAAUGCCUGAGAAUAGACAUGCACAGAAGAAGACGUAUAGGGGAUGCCCUUCUUCCUCCGUCCAAGCUCUCCCUCGUGUAUGCGCUCGUUAUCGCAGGCGGGCGAGUGAUCACCCUGGUCCGACCGCGAAAACACAGCAUAAACCCCUCCGACCUCCGAAUUUUGCUCAACACCAUCGCUUCCCCCUCUUUGCUUACCUCGGAUUCGGAGAGCUGGCUACCCAUCUGUCUGCCAAAGUACAACGCGGAUAGGUUCUUGUAUACGUAUGUUGGGGCAUUACGGGAGGGAAUUGGCAUUGUCGGCCUCUCUCCAGAUCGGGAUGCUUGGGAUGCGAUGAGGGAGUGGAGGGGCGUUAAGCUGGAAGAGGAAUCUUUACUCGGGUUUAUCGAGAAAGCGGUCCUGGCGCAUCCGUACGCCGUUGUUGAGCUUGGGAUCCAUGGCUUGCGCCAUUUUGUGUACAAGUCACGCAUCCAUGUUCAGUACACCCAGCCAGAGUUUGACGCGUCCUACGAUACAGAGUUAGAGCAGCGAAGACUUGUCACGCUCUAUCAGCAAGUACAUGAUACCUUACACGCACGCUCAGGACAGAAAGAAGCACUCUCUCUGCAUCACAUACGUACACCACGGGAGACGGUCAUGGGCUGGACCACGAAGCCCCUAGAGGUGUACAUCGCACUUUCUCCACAUUUGCCAGAACCAGCAUGCGUGAGUGCGGCCCAUAUGGUUGUCAACUGGGUCAAGAAAGAGGAGGGGAGGUUAUUUCUCAAGGAUGCACCAGUGUUUUGA